UUGUACAAUAAUGUCUCUAAUAACUUCUUAAAAGGCAGAUCUCAAAAACUAUGAUUAAUAGUAUCUAAGUUAGCCUAAAUAUUUUAUGUAAAUCAAUCAGGUACCCCCCCUUCCCUCCUUCCUUAAUGGAUCUAUGGAUCUUAUGUUAAGCACGCUCCGGCUAAGUCCCGGGGUUGCUCCACCUAAAAGCGGCGCGGGAAUAAGGGGAGAACAGGAAUUGGGCUGAGAACUGGAAAUUGGUGGAUACAACGAUUCAACAUCAACAUUGCGGAUAGUUAGGGAGAUUACCUUGGCUGAAAUUAAGUUAAGCCACACGGGAUUUCUUCUAUUAUUACCAUUUUACUUAAUCGAAUCCAAUUACUGAUAUCUCUCCAUCUCUGUUUUGAUUUUGAUCUCGCUAAAGAUGGUCGUCACGACACGGUCCAAGAAACGCGCCACCGAGGACGCCCAUGAAACGACAUCCCCGACCAAGCGCCCCAGACAACUCAAAGAGAAGACCGACAUAACAAGAUGGCGCAUGUUGGAUGAGAAAGGGAGACACACAUGGCAUUAUUUAGAAGAUGACGAGGCUAUAGAGAAGUGGCCACAGAGUUACGCUGACAAGUGGUAUCUCGGUUUAGAUACUGGACUUCCAACUCUACCAAAACCUACGAAACCCCUUGAUUCCGUCGUCAAUGGCUUGACAUUCUUCGAGAAGCUCCAAUUGCCUUCCGGCCAAUGGGGUUGCGAAUACGGUGGGCCUAUGUUCUUAUUGCCAGGUAUCGUGAUUACUUGGUAUGCGACAAAGACACAUAUUCCCUGGUACGUCGCGACGGAGAUAAAGAACUAUCUAUUCGCCAGAGCACAUCCCGAAGAUGGAGGUUGGGGCUUGCAUAUAGAAGGAGAGAGCACAGUUUUCGGAACUGCGCUGAACUACACCGUCCUUCGUAUCGUUGGAGUCGAUCCCGAACACCCGAUUAUGGUAAAGGCUAGAGGGACAUUGCACAAACUUGGAGGAGCUACGUUUGCUCCUCAUUGGGCUAAGUUUUGGCUGAGUGUACUGGGUAUUUGCAAAUGGGAUAUUGUUAACCCCGUACCCCCUGAACUAUGGUUAUUGCCUGACUGGGUGCCAAUCGCCCCCUGGAGAUGGUGGAUCCAUAUGCGCCAGGUCUUCCUACCCAUGAGUUACAUCUACGAGAAGAAAUGGUCCUGCGAGGAGACUGAUAUAAUCCGGGAUUUAAGACAAGAACUAUUCGUAGAACCAUGGGAGACGAUCGACUGGCUCGGCAAUAGAAAUAGUAUAUGUUCUGUCGAUAACUACCAUCCAAAGUCCUGGCUUCUAAACACCGCAAAUUGGUUCCUUGUCAACAUCUGGAACCCGUACCUCCGCCCCAAGGGGCUUGCACAGAAGGCCGAAGCUUGGGUUAGCAAACUAAUCGAUAUGGAGGAUGAAAACACGGACUUUGCAGAUUUGGCACCAGUGAACGCGGCGAUGAACACAAUUGUCUGCUAUAUCCGCGAUGGCCCACGCUCAUACUCGGUCAGGAGGCAUAUCGAGAGGUUGGAAGAUUCAAUGUGGGUUAAUAACGAAGGUAUGCUUUGCAAUGGCACCAAUGGCGUUCAAUGUUGGGAUACCUCUUUUCUGAUCCAGGCCUUGAUGGAUGCGGGGCUCGAGCAGGAUCCUCGCUGGAAACCGAUGCUGAACAAGGCGUUGAUAUUCCUUGAUAACCAGCAGAUACGCGAGAACUGCAAGGACCAAGAUAUCUGUUAUCGGCAGCAGCGAAAGGGUGCAUGGGCCUUCAGUACUAGGGACCAGGGAUAUGCCGUAUGCGACUGCAUUUCGGAGGCAUUGAAGUCGGUCAUUCUGCUACAGCAUACCCCUGGUUUCCCCACGCUUCUUGAAGACCAACGCAUAUUCGACGCGGUUGAUACUCUUCUUACUUAUCAGAACAAAUCUGGUGCUUGCUCAUCUUACGAGCCAACCCGAGGGAGCGAGCUAUUGGAAACGCUUAACGCGGCGGAAGUUUUUGGUAAAAUCAUGGUAGAAUAUGACUAUGUGGAGUGUACAACGGCAGUAGUUACCGCACUGUCAUUAUUCAAAAAGCACUGGCCUGAUUAUAGACCCAAAGAGAUCGAAUCAUUUAUUGCACGGUCGGUCAGAGCAGUAAAGUCGCUGCAACAACCAGACGGGUCAUGGUAUGGCAACUGGGCCAUAUGCUAUACCUAUGCGACUAUGUUUGCCCUGGAAAGCUUAAAAAGCAUUGGCGAGACGUACGGCAACAGCUCUUACUCUAAAAGAGGUUGCGACUUUCUGAUUUCCAAGCAGAGGGAAGACGGGGGAUGGUCAGAAAGCUAUCGCUCCUGCGAAAGAAUGGUGUACACCGAGCACCCAACGGGCUCGCAGGUCGUAAUGACGGCAUGGGCUCUGAUAGGGCUCAUGAAAGCGGAUUACCCAGACAUCGAACCCCUGAAAAAGGGGAUCAAACUCAUUAUGGACAGACAACAACCGAACGGUGAAUGGAAACAAGAGGCGAUUGAGGGCGUGUUCAACAAGAGCUGCAUGAUAUCAUACCCGAACUACAAGUUCACCUUCACGAUGAAAGCUCUGGGAAUGUUUGCAACAAAGUACCCUAAUGAGACGGUGGUGUAAUGGGUGUAAGUCAGGAGGUAGUGUACCUAGGUACCUAACCUAAAGUAAGGCAUGAGAAUCGAUCUGGCAAAGGGCCAUAAUAUGAGAAUGAGAUCAAUGGGUGGGACAAAUAAUUAAUGUUAAUAUUAUCAAUGUCACGUAUGAUGUUUUUGAUUUUCGGUGACGAUAAAUCUACUAGAAUACGUUAAUCUUAAUCCUAUCAUUACCUA